AUGGCUACCAAUCGCGAGAAACAAGCAUUAAAACAAUUAUUCUUUGACGGGUUUAAAACCAAUGAGUUAAAACGUAAUAACAGCACGUUUUUGCUGAAAGAAAAAUAUGAUUCCUUAAUAAGUGAAGUGAAACGUAUUAAAACAGGAAAAAAAGAAUCGUCACGUGAUUAUUGGUUAGUACAACGGUAUGAUGUGAUAGAAGUGCAAGAUUCAUUAAAAGAAAUGUGGCCUGAAUUAUCUAUUAUUCAUGGCAAACCUCGCCACAGUCAAUCCCAAGGAUCAGUGGAGAGGGCAAAUCAAGAUAUAGAGAAUAUGAUAAUUAUCUGGAUGAAGGACAACAACACAACAAAAUGGAGUGAAGGGCUAAGAUUUAUUCAAUUUAUGAAAAAUAAAGCUUUUCAUAGGGUGAUAGGACUAAGUCCUUAUGAAUCUAUAGAAGAAGCAAAAGAAUGCUUAGAACGUCAAGCUAAAAGAAUGAAACUACAAUCAGAUAUGUCUCAUCCACCUGCUCUUGUGCAGACUUGGUCUGUUCUUGAGGGAUGUAACGUACGAGUCAAAAUUCCAGAUGUUAACAGGUCAAAAUGUGAUCCACAAUCUAUAAUUGCAAUUGUAUUAGAAAAAACAACUGACGGAUUUUAUCGCUUAGGAACUAAAUACGGUGUACUAAAACAAAUUUACGCGAGGUCAUCAUUUAAUUUAUGCACAGAAAAGUUUAUUACGCUUAGUGACGUUCCAGAUGUAGAUAUUUGCCUUCGAAAAGCAUCCGAAUCCUAA